CAGUUUAAAUUAGUAGAGUUUUUUUAUGAUGAUUUCGUGAUAUUGCAGGAUUAUGUUUCCUUCAAAAAAUAACAUGAUGGAUUAUAUGGCCGAAAUUAAUCGUUUAUUUCCGAAAACAAAUGAAAAUGAUCUGCAACCAGCAAAUGUAUUCCACAGUACUUCAUCACAAUCACCAAUUCAUUCAACAUUCGCCAACAGAUCUUCAAGUUCAGCAGAUUCCACAUCACCAGAAUCUUAUCCUGAUCUUUUCACAUCAUUCCAAAGAACUUCAGACCUUUAUAGUCUCCAAUCUUUGGAGACUCCCACACAAAGUCUACAUACUUUAGGAAUCCGGCCUCAGCGGCCAAUUGUAGGUAGAAAGAUAUUAGGUAAUACAGAAUAUUCUAGACCUUUACCUAACAAAAACAAUGAUAAAGAAUUUUUAAUAUCUAAUUCCUGGAUUGAUGAUUUUGCUCUUCCUAAAUCUACUACAUUUGAUCAAACCAAUCAAAUUCGUAAUUAUGAGUUGUUUCCAACAGACAAAUCUUCACCGACUACAUCCUUUAUGGCUCCAACACCAAAUCUCUCACCUAUAACAUCCAUUUCACCGGUCAAAUCUAACCUUUCGUCUGCUACUUUUUCACCAGGCAAAUCUAACUCGGCUGCUAACUUUUCACCCGUCAAAUCUAACCCUACGGCAGCUACCUUUUCGACAAUCGAUUCUAACCUUUCGACCGCUUCUAAUUUUUCACCGAUGAGAUCUAAUCUAUCAACCAGUUCAAACUUUUCUUUGUCAUCAAGUAUGAUGGAUUUUACACCAUCUUCACCUAUGUUGAUACCCAAUUAUACUCAAAGUUAUAUGAUACCACAAAUGUCAGAUUUCACACCACCAGGAUAUUCUGGGGCUGGUACUUCAAGGAUUGAUGAAAUUGCAGCUCAGAAAAUGUGUAAAUUCUGCCGAAGAAAUGGUGAAACGCCAUUAGUUUAUAUGACACAUUGUGUAAAAGAGAGAAUUGGGAAAAAACAUAUAGUGACUUGUCCUAUUUUGAGGUCGCAUGUUUGCUCAGCUUGUGGAGCGACGGGGGACUAUGCACAUACCAUUACAUACUGUCCCUUACUCAGAACCAGUAACAAUGGCAAACGUCUUGAAUCUACAACAAUUACAUUGAAAAAUACAAGAAUUAAGAGCAACGGAAAGAGACGUUAUUAAGAUAAGUAAUAAAUUAGUAUGAGAUUUUUUCUGCAGAUACAUA